AAAAAAAAAAAAAAAAAACCUUUAUAUAACAAGCUUUUCUAGUUGAACACUGAACAUGAAAGAGGGGUCUCACUCGUCUCUACGUUUGAGUUUCAUGCGUUAAGUGAUGGUGGAGAGGGAAAAGAAUAUUGAGUGUUGUAGUAAGAGGAAAGAAAUGGAGAAUAUAGAACAUCAUUGCAUUCCAAUACAAGAAUUAGAUAGUGACAACGAAUCGUCAAUUCGAUCUAGUAAUGAAACAGAGGAAUCCAUUAAUGAUGCAUUUGUUGCUCUCAUGCAAAAGCGCUUGGAAGAUUUUGGUGGAAGCAGAAUCCAAAUCUCGGAAACUAGGAGCUCUGUUUGCAUAUUCAGAGCCCCUCAAAGCUUCAGAGAAAUCAGUAGCAAGGCUGCUAUUGACCCAGAAAUGGUGUCAAUAGGCCCUUAUCACCACGGCAAAAAUCAAGUCCAAAGAUUUGAAAGUGACUAAUGCCAGUAUCUUUGUUCCCUGCUUUCUCGAACGGAGGCAAUGGGGGUCGAUUUACGCCAGUUAAUGAAGGCCAUGAAAGGAUUAGAGAGCGAGGCAAGAAGUUGUUACUCAGAGCCCAUUCCAAUGUCAAGCAAAGAUUUCAUUGAUAUGAUGGUACUUGAUGGUUGUUUUAUUGUUGAGCUCUUACAUCAAGUUUGCGAGAGUCAAGGUUCUGAAAAUGACAACAUCCCAAUCUUCAGGGGAGACCUCCUUAAGCUUGAAGUUCUUCAGAAGCUAUAUGAUUUCUCCAUUGGCAAUGGUGACCAAGACCCCCAUAGAGAAUUUCUUUCAGAUGAGAACCCCACCAAUAUUACUUUGCCAGCUUUAAAAUUCUUUCGUCCUGCCCUCCCAAUGUCUCUUAGUUCACUCAAAAGAGCAAAAAUUUCGAAACGCUAUCAUCUACUCGACUUGUUUCACGAAAGCUUCCAACCCUCAAGAUAUUUUGAAGCAAUGUCGGCAUCUAUUUACUCUCAUUCCACAUCACAUGGAUCACAAGAAUACAGUAGCCCAUUGUGUAAUCGGUCAAUGCCAUGUGUGAUACAACUCCGACUUACUGGGAUCAAGUUCAGCCCAGCCGAAAGCACUGCUGAUAGCUUCUUGGAGAUAAAUUUCGACCAAGGGGUGAUAGAAAUCCAACCUAUAACCAUCAAUGAUUUCACCAGUACCGCCUUCAUCAAUUGUGCCGCCUUAGAACAAUGCCUCCAACAUACCCAUACAUGUUUUUCUGCAUAUAUUGCCUUCAUGAGUUGUCUCAUCAACUCAGCUAGAGACGUUACAUUCCUUUGUGAUGGAAUUAUCGCCAAUUCCUCCUACAAUGAUCUACGUGUUGCUCAUCUUUUCAAAAAAUUGGGAAAAAAUAUUGAGUUCAAUAUGAGAGAUCUUUACCGCUCUAAGCAAUUCAGAGAUGUGGAGGCCUACUAUAGAAGCCACUGGGCAUCUUUGAGGCGUAAAUAUUUUAGCAAUCCGUGGAGAACUAUCUCAGUUGUCACAGCCUCUGUUCUACUGUUGCUGGUGGGAAUACAAGCAAUUAUGAACAUUUUGAGCUACGAGGUCCAUCGUAAUUAAUACUUAUGAACCAUCAAACUCGGUCAAAUUUAACUGUGUCAAAGAUGAAUGUUUACCUCAGCCAAUUUCUUUUUAUGCACAAUGAGCUAGGCCAUGCAAUUUAUGCAUUUUCUUAGAAGAGAAAAGCUCCAUGAUGCUUUUCUUUUAUUUUUCUAUAUAGUUCUGUGUUUGUUUUAGCAAAUUGCAAGAAACAGUCGCUAUGUAUUCGGUCCUUUUUUUAUUUUUUAUUUUUGCUAUCUGUUCCAGAGUUUGCAUGAAGUUACAUCUUUGUAGCUCGUCGUAAUGA